CAUGCCAGGGGAGUGGGUGGAGGACCCCGGCACUGGCCUCGGCGACUUCCCGGAGUCAAUCAGGUCCCGCUCCUGCAGAGGAUGGAGGUGUCUUGGGGCGCCAGUGGUCCGGAACCCGGCGAUAAUCAGGCUCUAAAGCCGUGUCUGCUGCGCCGCAACCACAGCCGCGAGCAGUACGGCGUGGCAGCCUCCUGCCUCGAGGACCUGAGGAGCAAGGCCUAUGACAUCCUGGCCAUGGAUAAGUCCCUGGCACCAAUCACCUUGGUCCUGGCAGAGGAUGGCACCAUAGUGGAUGAUGACGAUUACUUCCUGUGUCUACCUUCUAAUACUAAGUUUGUCGCAUUGGCCGGUAAUGAGAAGUGGGCAUACAACAACUCAGACGGAGGCACCGCUUGGCUGUCCCAGGAGUCCGUGGAUGUGGAUGAAACAGACAGCGGGGCAGAGCUGAAGUGGAAGAAUGUGGCCCGGCGGCUGAGAGAAGAUCUGUCCAGCAUCGUCCUCCUGUCAGAGGAGGACCUCCAAGUGCUCAUCGAUGUUCCCUGUGCAGACCUGGCUCAGGAGCUGGGCCAAAGCUGUGUCACAGUCCAGGGGCUCCAGAGCACCCUGCAGCAGGUGCUUGACCAGCGAGAGGAAGCCCGGCAGUCCCGGCAGCUCUUGGAGCUUUACCUCCAGGCUUUGGAGAAGGAGGGCAGCAUCUUGUCGAAGCAGCAAGAGUCCCGAGCUGGCUUCGGUGACGGGGGGGAUGCCGUGGACACGGGUCUGAGCGGAGAGCCCUCCUCCGAAAUUGCCCUUUCGAACCAGAUCCUUACCACGCUGAAGGAGAAGCCUGCGCCAGAGCUGAGUUUGUCGAGCCAGGAUUUGGAGUUGGUCACCAAGGAGGACCCCAAGGCGCUGGCUGUUGCUCUGCACUGGGACGUAAAGAAGACGGAAACUGUUCAACAGGCCUGUGAGCAGGAGCUGGGCCUGCGCCUCCAGCAGGUGCAGAGCUUGCACUCUCUCAGGAGCAUUUCAGCACAGAGGGACCCCCUGCCCGGAGACCAGCAGAACCCCAAACGAGCCAGGCAAGAGCCCGCAUAGCUGUAGCUGCAGACGCGCCAAAGAGAGCCGUGUGACCUCGGCUUUGUUCUCGGUAAAUCCCUUCAGCCCUUUCAGCUACCUGUGUCCUACUCUGCCCCCUGCCUUGGAGCACGGUCUCCUGGGAGAGGCUGGAAGACUGUUCCAGAUCCCAGCGUCUGCCCAUUGUGAAUGAUGCAGCUGCACCAAUAGACAGUGGGGCCUUGACUUACGAGUGUCCCGACUAACGAGUUUUUUUGAGAUACGGGCCGUCUCUCAGCCGAUUUUUUGCUUUGAGUUGCAAGCUCAAAAAAAUUCGGGUUACAACCCAGCUUCAGAUACCCCACCGCUAGUUGGCGCAGCGAACGUCACAGUGAUUUGACAUACGAGUAAUUUGAGUUAUGAGCUCCGUCACGGAACGAAUUAAACUCGUAAGUCAAGGCCCCACUGUACCCACCUCCUCUACAUGUUCUUACGUCCUGUUUGACAUGGCGAAGGGCAGUGAAAAGAAAUUGUCAUACUUGUGUGUUUUUUUAAUUGUCAUACUUCAGACUCACCAUCCUGUUCUAAAGAUAGAAAUGCAGAAUUUAAACAAAUAAUGGUAAAGAAGGUGGCACAAUAGUGUUGAUUAUGGCCACAAACUUGUUUCUCAAAUUAAUUAACUUUUUUGUGUGUCUGUUCAAAGGCACAUAUUAAGUUUGCAGGCCUUAGGGACGCGGAGAGUCUCAUGAUUCCUAAUAUCCAAUUCAGUAUUGUUGAGCUGUAUCCGAAACCCUUCUCCGUUUUCUAAUAUGUUUUAUCAGCAGGGGGUGUAAGAGGUCAUUAAAUCCAUUUCCAUGCGACAUGACUGAGUCUCUCUGGGUGCAAAGCAGAGACUUCUGGUUUACAUACUUCUUUUUCUGCGCAGACUUACUCUUCAGGUUUUGUACCUCUCCUUGCAGGGGAAAGGUACCGGGUUAUCAGGGACUUUUUUUAAGCAUGUUUAGAGGAAAGUAGAAUGCUAUUACGAGAUACAUUGGCGAAUUAUUAUUUUAGGUUAAUUAUUCAAUGAAGAAAUACAACAGUAAGUCCCGGGGCCAGGGUGGGUGCAGAAAACACAUAGAACAGAAAACCUUUCCUUCUGUGAUCAUGAAGGAGGGCUCUGCUGCACUCAGCAUCCUUUCCCUAAUGCCUCACACCCUGGGCUCUCACUUCUUAGCCCCACCGCCUUUUUGAUAGCGCCUUUUGUUAUGCCUCCUUAAUUGUCCUUAAGCAAAAGCCAGGGCUGAUAACCUGCCUACAUGUGUACUUUCAAAAGCACUGACAUAAUACCCCACAUGUAAUAUUUCAGAAAAAACAAAAGGGAAAUUUCCAAUAAAAUGGCAUGUAUCUCA